UUUGUGCCAAAUAACAGAAUGCAGUCUCAUUUAGUUUGAACAAGCAAACGUGAUGGGGGUUGUUCAAAAGGUCCUUGUUCUGGUCCUGUUUUUCCUAUCGUUGACAUCGGCCGAGCGCCCUAAUAUCGUGUUCAUCGUGGCAGAUGAUUUAGGAUGGAAUGAUCUUGGUUUCCGGAAUCCUGACAUGAAGACCCCAAACAUCGACAAACUUGCCACAGAGGGAAUCAUCUUCAAUAAUGCAUACGUCCAGCCUCUUUGCAGCCCAUCCCGUACAGCUCUGAUGAGUGGAAUGUAUCCAUUCCAUGCAGGCAUGCAGCACAUGGCACUUGUCCGUGACCAACCCGUAUGUGUGCCCCUCAACUAUACACUACUCCCCCAGGAACUAAAGGGACUCGGCUAUGCUACGCACAUAAUUGGAAAAUGGCAUCUUGGUUUUUGCAAGUGGGAGUGCACCCCAACGUACCGAGGCUUUGAUACUUUCCUGGGUUAUUACGUUGCGACUGAAGACUACUUCACUCACUCUGACGGGGGGUACUUGGACUUCAGAGACAAUAAGCUUCCCGCAAGAAACUAUUCUGGAGAAUAUUCUGCUAACACAUUCGCCCAGAGAGCCGUUGACAUCAUCCAUCGUCACAAUAUAUCACAGCCGUUGUUUAUGUACCUCCCGUAUCAAAGUGUGCAUGGUCCAAUUGAGGUCCCGAAGAGGUAUGAGGAUAUGUAUCCAAAUGUGAUUAACCAAGGGCGGAGACAGUACAGUGGAAUGGUGUCUGCACUGGAUGAGGCAGUCGGGAAUGUUACCAAAGCCCUGAAGGAUCGGGGCUUGUUUGAAAAUACUCUGAUUCUAUUCACCGCAGAUAAUGGAGGCCCCAUCGAAGCGUAUGCUAACAAUUGGCCUUUGAGAGGAGGGAAGUACACGAUCUGGGAAGGGGGCACGAGGGGGGCAUCCUUCAUGUAUGGUGCUGGGCUCCAGAAGACUGGGACGACACACGAUGGACUGAUCCACGCCGUCGACUGGAAGCCAACUUUGGUAUCUGCUGCUGGUGGAACUCCGGAAACUACUAUUGAUGGAAUGAGUCAGUGGGAGUCUAUUCGAAAUGGCCUCCCCUCUCCAAGGACAGAGUUCAUCUACAACAUUGACUACUUUGAAGAUGCAUUCGAAGGGCAUGCUGCAAUAAGGGUAGGAGACUACAAGCUGAUGCUGGGGUAUCCUGGAGCUUUUGACGGCUGGCACAAACCUAUGAACAGAACCGAGGAUGAUAUCCCUGCACAACCAGUUUUCUACACGGGAGAUGAACCAGUCCAUCUCUUCAACAUUCGAGAGGAUCUUACUGAGCACAACAACCUUGCACAAACGAUGCCGGAUAUGGUGGCGAAGUUGCGAACCAGGCUUGAGGAGUACAAUAAGACUAUGGUGCCAGCCAAUUAUCCUGAUGGAGAUCCAGCUUCUGACCCAAGCAAUUUUGGAGGUGUUUGGAGCCCUGGGUGGUGCUAAACAGAUGGAGCUAAUAGACAUUGUUCAUGCAAAGUGUGUACUUUGUACGUUCAAAAUAGGAUAAUUUGUCACUUGUCCACAUCAAUGUUGCUUCGUAUUAAAGUAAUUAUAAUGGACAUAGCCAGAGUUACGAGUGAUUGGUUAAUAUCUGAUCAACUGUAGCAUGAGCAAAGAAUGCUGGCUAAAUCAUGACGGCUGAUACUUUUUGAAAAUUCCAAUUAAAACAUCAGUCAUUGCAUAUAUUCUGUGACUGAGCGUCAUUUGUCCAAUACAUAAUCUAAACAAA